AUGACACCAGAAGCGGAAUUUUCUAAGAAGGAAGAAGAAGGAGCAGAUCAAGAAAGAAGCGUAUUUGUAUUUAAUAAGGAAAUCCCAGAGUCAUCAAUUUACGAGUUUAAAACGCCAAAGUCAAUUCAAUCAAGCUUUAUCGAUAUAUUUAAGAAAACAUUUAACAAUGAUACUCCGAAUUAUUACCCUAAACUCAAAAGACGACGUAUUCGUCUGGGGUUUAAAGUUUCAUUCUUUAGUUCUCAAAGUUCAAAUUUAAAAUCAAUCACAGAAAUCCUUGGAUUUGAAUCUUCUUCAGAUUUUUAA